AAUCGUGAUGUGACAACUUCUUCAACAUGCAAAUAUGUCUGCACAGGGUACGAAGUUUAUUUCACUUGCUGACUAUUGUGCUAUGGGGAAUUCCGAAGUGUCGAUGAAAGAAGGAGAUGUAGUGGAACUCAAGAAGGUUGGAUGUGCAGGUUGGUGGUUCGUGAGAGUAUUAGCUGAUGACAUGGAAGGAUGGGUGCCCUGCGCAUAUCUACAAACGCCAACAGGAGUGGAAAGCAGCCUCAAAAAGCCAACGAAAUUCAAAGUUAGGAGUUAAAGUGAAUUGAAGGGCAGCUGCGACUCAAAAGAAAAAAAAAUCGAAUCAAUAACACGUAACUUUGUUGAAAUCAUUACGAAUUAUUAGGUAGCUUCUAUUUGUUGCAAUUUAUUUAAUAGUUACAAUAGCCUGCAGUAGAUAUCUGAAAUAAUUAAGCAUAAAAUAAUUAAUCUGCAGAGUAAAAGCAGGAAGGAAAUGCAAUUAAACACAUUUUGCUGUUACAUAUUUAACCUGUUCAAUAACAAUAAAGAAAUUUAUUAAAGUUAAAUGUAAUUAAUAUUCAUCUUCAUUUUAUGAUUUAAUUACAGAUCUCGUAGAAGAAAAUUGAAGAAUUAAAUCUCAAUUUAAUUAUGACAAAAAUAAUUUGUCAUAAAGACUUGUCGGGUUGAUACUAAUAAACAUUACUGAAAAAAAAGCUCGAUAAACUAUGACAUUUUUGACAUUCUUCUACUUGGUUCCUGGAACUUUUUUAUUUCUCUAAAUUAAUUUCACUCACUUAAUUUUAAUUCUCAUUCAAAGAUUAAUUUACAUGAACAUGAAAGCAAAUGUAAAUAAAAGUGUUAAGCUGUCUCACAUUAAAACCACUUAAUCUUACUUCUUAGAUAUCUGUCAAGCGAU